GGAAGCCGUAUGUCCGCGGCUCAGUGGACAAUAUGUCGCUCGCUUCUGUCGACCUCCAGCGGCGAUCUAACGUCACUGUCGCUAAUGGUUAGUCGCGGUUCGGGAAGUUGGAGACGGACAUCCAGAGAGAAAGCUCACUCUCAGCAGCCAUAACAACCGGGCGGUGUGUGUGAAAGGUCCGAGUCGUAGGCGCUAACGGCCGGGAGCUAACACCACUUCUUUCACCCGACAGUCAGAUGGCCGUGCUGCUCUCUGAGCGUUAGCUGUCAGAAUGGAGGUCGAUAGCGGACUCGACGGGGACCUGAACGCCAAUGUCAGGUGCCAGAGCACCGGCGACCCGAAGCUUGACAAGGCGGUGCAGCAGUGGUUAGCCUGGGACAGGAACCAGCGGACCCGGGCUCAGGUGGACUCUCUGGUGGCGGGGGGUUGUCUCGAUGAUCUGAGGUCAAGACUGUGCAGCAGGAUGAGCUUCGGUACGGCCGGACUCAGAGCGCCAAUGGGAGCGGGAUUCAACCGGAUCAACGAUCUCACCGUCAUCCAGUCCACACAGGGGUUAUGCUCGUACCUGUGCAGGUAUUUUGCAGACUUCAGCAGCAGAGGAGUGGUGGUUGGCUUUGACACCAGAGGACAGGAAGAGAGCGGCUGCAGCAGUGAGAGGCUGGCGAAGCUGACAGCUGCUGUGAUGCUCAGCAGAGACGUCCCCGUGCAUCUUUUCUCCACAUUCGUCCCCACACCGUAUGUGCCUUACGCUGUGAAGAAGCUGGGAGCUGCAGCUGGAGUGAUGAUCACAGCGUCACAUAAUCCUAAAGAAGACAACGGAUACAAGGUGUACUGGUGUAACGGCGCCCAGAUUGCCUCACCUCACGACAAAGAGAUCCUGCGAUGUAUAGAGGAGGAGCUGGAGCCCUGGAGCGCCUCAUGCUGGGAUGUAAAGCUGGUGGAUCGCAGCUGCCUGAGGACUGACCCCCUGACCCAGAUCAACAGCUGCUACAUGGAUGAACUCGCCUCCCUCUGCUGCCACAGGGAUCUGAACAGCAGGUGCCCGCUGAAGUUCGUCCACUCGUCCUUCCACGGCGUUGGUCACGUCUUCGUCCAGCAGGCCUUCCGGGUGUUCGGCUUCUCUCCGCCUAUCCCCGUCCCAGAGCAGAAAGACCCCGACCCCAACUUCUCCUCCGUCCGCUGCCCCAACCCUGAGGAGGGGGAGUCUGUCCUGGAACUUUCUCUUCUGCUGGCAGAGCGGGAAAAUGCUCGCGUCGUCCUGGCGACGGAUCCUGAUGCUGACCGACUGGCUGUAGCAGAGAAGUCUGACGAGUGUGGCUGGAAGGUGUUCACAGGUAACGAGCUGGCGGCCCUGCUGGGUUGGUGGAUGUUCUUUAUGUGGAAGGAGAACCAUCCCGAUCCAGCAGAAACUCAGAAUGUUUACAUGUUGGCGACCACAGUAUCCUCAAAGAUCCUGCAGGCAUUCGCUCGCAUCGAAGGGUUCCACUUCGAGGAAACUCUACCGGGCUUUAAAUGGAUCGGGAACAGAAUCCACGAGCUCUCCAAAACAGGAAACAGAGUCAUCUUUUCCUUCGAGGAGUCGAUCGGUUUCCUCUGCGGGGACGUGGUCCUGGAUAAGGACGGCGUGAGCUCAGCGGUGGUCAUGGCUGAAAUGGCUGCUUACCUCCACAACAAGAACCUGAGUCUGAACCAACAGCUGCACAACAUCUACCAAACGUACGGUCAUCACGUGUCGAAAACCUCCUACGUCAUCUGUAAUGACCCUCCCACCAUCCAGAGGAUCUUUGGUCGCAUCAGAAACUUUGACGGUAGCGGUUCGUACCCGAAGACGUGCGGCGGCGUCCAGAUCGUUCACGUCAGAGAUGUUACCACAGGAUACGACAGCAGCCAGCCGGACCUCAGAUCCGUUCUUCCCGUGUCGAGGAGCAGUCACAUGAUCACCUUCACGCUGCAGAACGGCGUCGUGGCCACGCUGAGGACGAGCGGCACUGAACCGAAAAUCAAGUACUACACCGAGUUCUGUGCCACACCGGGGCAAAGCGAGGUGUCCACCCUGGAGGAGGAGCUCAGGAAGGUCACAGAUGCCCUGGUGGAUGAGUUCCUGGAACCUGAGAAGAACAACCUGAUUCGCCGCCUGGUCUAGCCCCGCCCACUCAUACCCUCUUCCUGUUGAUGACAUCACAUCCUGUCAUGGGAAUCAGAGCAGCAGCUGCCUCACUCUGUGGUGUCCGUGAACUUUAGAUGGUCAACAGAAGUGCUGUUAGUUCCAGUCAGCAGAGAGCAUGAUGGGUAAAUUGACCAAAGAGCGAGUAUUCAGAUUCUUUCGUGUGAUUGGCUGUCGGGACUGCGGCUGCAGUAACAGGUGACUGUAAAAUCUCAUUGCAGUCUGACCUUAUAUGGAAGCUCGUUAAUGACAAAUCUGAACAGUGUUUAUGUACGAAAAACAUUUCAUCUUAAAUUUUAUUUUCAGGAAAUUAAUUUCAUGUUCUGAUUAUUAAUAAAUAAUAAUAAUAAUAAUAAUCUGACCAAAAAACUAAAUGAAACGGGCCAAAAAAGCAAACCUCUGAGUUCAGGAGCAGUGCAGUCUGGGAGUUGAAGUUGGCACUGAAUAGUCUGGUUGUCCUUUCAGAGUUGCCUUCAGCCCACCAUACUUUCUGAUGCACAAAACAUUUCAAUCAAAUGAAAAUGCAUAAAAAAAAACAGCUGUUAGGACAAUCAAAUUAUUUAAUUUAUUUUUAUGUAAAAAUGCCAAAUAUUUUUUGUAGCCUUUUAAAUGUAUUUUUUCCUCUGUGACUGUAAAAUGUAUCUGCAGGCUGAACAUUUUCUGGUUAUUUUUAUCCAGCUUCUGAGUUUUUAUGUUUAAAAAUAGAUUAAUAGACUAUAAAUCAGUUGUUGCUGAUAUUUAUUUUUAAUGAUCACGAGCGUUUGGUGUGAAACCGAACAGACCGAGCAUGUUUUCUUUCUCUUUUGUUGUGUUGUGGUAUUCGGCUGAAUGUUGGCUGGAGGUAAUUUAUUUUUUUACUCGAGGAGAUUAAAGAUGUUUAUGUGAGCGGAGGAGGAGGAGCUGCUGUUUAUGCUCCACGCAGAAGCUCUUAUUUUGUUAAACUGUUGACGCCAGCGUGACGCCUCAUUUCUGUUUCCACUGUCACAGCUUCAGUCAUGCUGAAAAUGAAAUAAAAUAAUGCUCCUAA